CGCGAGCCGUACCACUCGUGCCAGUUUGGAAUCACUUACAACCGCGUCGCUUGGAUUAAAACGAGUCUCAUAAAACCCAUCAAACAUGACCGAAGGUAGUUGGAGACAGAGCGCAGGAGCGACAUAGAAGUAUUUGGUUCAGGACAAACGAGGGUCUUGCUCGCAAUUAUGAUGCAUCUCACAGCAGUGGUCUUAAUUCUGGUCGUGACAGGCAUCGCCAAAGGUUGGGAAUGCAACGCUGGGUGCACAGAAAAUGGGUUUUGUGAGAAGCUCGGGAAGUGCAGGUGCAAACCGGGGUGGCAAGGAGAGAACUGUGACCGGUGCGUGCCCUUCCCCGGCUGUCUGCACGGCACAUGUGAGAAGGCAUGGCAGUGUGUCUGUGAGGAGGGCUGGGUGGGCAGCCUGUGUGACCAAGAUAUCCGCCUUUGCUCAUCCAGGCCUUGUGCUGGUAAUGCCACCUGCAUAGAGACAGGAGAGGGGGGGUACCUGUGCAUCUGUCCCCCCGGAUACACCGGUGAAAACUGCCACCUGAAGGGAGGAAUGUGUCUCACAAACAGCUCUCCUUGUCAGAACGGAGGCUCAUGUAGGGAUCCCGAUGGCUCAGCUGGUUCCUCUUCCUGUUUAUGUCCCCCUGGAUUUUCCGGAGACUUCUGUGAGAUCAGCAUUGACAGCUGCCAGCCUAACCCUUGUCUCAAUGGUGGAAACUGCACAAACCACGACCUGGCCUUCACAUGCAUCUGUCCGCUUGGCUUCACUGGGUUCACUUGUAAUGACACCAACAGUCUCUCGCCAUGCGCUGGCAGACCCUGCGCCAACCGGGGCACGUGUGUUGGACAACCUGACGGAUACUUCCGGUGCAAUUGCCAUAAAUGGUUUGCAGGUCCCACAUGCUCCCUGCAGCACAGACCCAAGGCCAGGUCCAAGCCGGUGGGCCCCAGGCCUGUGGACCACAGAGUGUUUGCGCUCACUCCGCAGCACUACUCCCUCCCUGCUCACACCUUCCACAAGCUUCUACGGCCGCCCGAGAGAGACCUGCUGAAGAUCACCCUGAAGGAGACAGUCCACUCCCCCGGGCUGCUGGUCACUCACGGUCAGCUGGUCUGCUUCGGAAUGCUGGCCCUGCUCACCUGCCUGGUCAUCCUGGGCACCACAGGCAUCGUGUUUUUUGGCCGCUGUGAGGCCUGGCUGGCCAACGCCAAGUACAGCCAGCUCGUUCGGCAGCAGAGGGAACACCUGCUGAGAGAAGCAGGUGGCGCGAGCCAGGAGGAGCCGGAACACUCCGUGAACAUCAUCCUGCCGGAGAAGAUUAGACUCACCAGCUUUGGGAGACACUACACCUCCAUCUGAUCAAAUCAAGUGUGCCUCUUCCCGUCUCCCUCUGGAAGGAGUUCAAGAUGAAUGUCUGAAAAAGGCACGGAGGAAAUACUAUGACUGUUGUACAGUUGUGUUUUUAAAGUGAGAGAUACUGUACUACACCAGGAUAUUUGAAUGUAUAGUUUGCUGGACGAAGUGGACAGCCACGACACUGGAUUGUAAAAUUUGUUUUUAAUUGUACUGUUGAAAACUACAGAUUAGAAAUGUACGAAAUGUGAAACGAUGUUCUACCUUGAUAGCUGGUAAAAUGGAUGGAUGUCGUCGUCAGGUGUUUAAGAUUUUGACUUCACAAUCCUGGUUUAACUUCUUUGAACCAGGAUGAUUUGGAAUAUCAUUAUGGGGUUAAUAUUACACAAUUAGACUUUGAUUUGAUUUUAACAGAGCACACAGAGCACUUUUCUUUCAGUAUUAGACAUUUGACCAAGUAAUCAUUGAUAUUUAAUUUGUAAACAAAUUGUAUCUUUCACUGAUUUUACAACCCUGAAUCAACCUAACCCAACCUAACAUUUUGAUAAUGUAUUUAUCAUUUUAGUCAAUAUUUCUCUUAAAAGUGUCAAUCUACAGGUUAUUUGAUUGUAAAUUGAGUAUAAAAAAAACAAGCUAUCGAUAUAGAUAACAUUAGGCCGUGCAAUAUUUUAACAUCUGUUUUUAACUAUUUUAUGACAAGUAAAUAAUCAGCCCUGAAUAUCGCCAUGCAGAGUAAUGUGAAUUUAUCAUUUUAUAAUUAAGGCAAAAUCAGUAGUUUUGAUUUUUAAAGUAUUAGCAUUUAAAUUGUGUAUUUAUAAAAUAUCACAGGCUACCCAAAGAGCUGUACUUUUAGAUCCUGCAGGUAGUAACUCUGCAGAGCUAGAUAUUUUUCCUGUGAAGGGUAAACAUUGUACAGUAUGUUCCUCUAGUAAAUGAACUUCCCAUAUACCAUCCAAUUCUCUCUGCAGGUGUAUUACUUUAGAUGUUGGUGUCAAAGUUAUAUAGUCGAUGUCAUUUCACAGUUCCUUGAGAUCUGCCACUUUCUUUUUCGAUCAUCCUUUCGUAUCCAUGCCGUGAAUAUCCUUACACCUUCACCUAUCGAUCACACUCAAACUCAUUUGCAGUGUCUCAGAGGUGGGAGGCUUUUUUUCUUUUUACCACCAGUGUGGGAAUUUCACAGCCUAUGUACCAUUCAUCUCUAAGCCCAGAUAUCAAUACUGUCACAUAUGUUAAAUGAUAUUGGUUUGUCGUCUCAUGCAUGAGAUGGAAACCGUCUCUUGAGGGCGAAGUGAUUUCAUGAAUACUAAAAUACUGGAAAACCGAAAAAAACACAUCUAUGUACCCAGUAAAGAUAGAGAUGAACAUGUGGGACAUAUUUAAUGUAAAAUGCUCAAUUAAUUAACUGAUUACAAGUGGGAGAUAUUCAUUACUCUGACAAUGAUGAAUGAAAUCCAGCUUGUUUUAUCCAUCACAAUUCUCCAAAAAGUGGUUAUCUUAAUAAUAGAGUGGUGCAGUGACGAGUCCUAAAACCUGGAAGUGAGUUAGCAUUUUACCACUACCGGUUCCCU